AUGCGGAGCAUUGAUGAUACAGCUCACCACAAUCUGCAUGAUCCACACCAUGAAGAUCAUGAAGAGCAUGAUCACAAGCAUCACAAGGAGCAUGUCGAUGACAAACAGAAGAAGAAACACAAGGAGCAUGUCGAUGACAAACAGAAGAAGAAUCACAAGGAGCAUUGUGAUGACAAACACAAGAAGGAUCAUAAAGAGCAUGACCAUAACAAACACAAGAAGGGUCAUAAUGAGCAUGAUGAUGACAAGCACAAAAAAGGUCACAAAGAGCUUCACCAUGACAAACAUAACAAGGACCAAAAGGAACAUGAUGACGAAAAACACAAGGAUCGCAAGGAGCAUGACGACAAAAAACACAAGAAGAAUCGCAAAUUGUAUGACAAUGACAAACACAAGAAGGAUCAUAAUGAGCAUGAUGAUGACAAGCACAAGAAGGAUAAUAAGAAGCACGAGGAUGACAAACACAACAAAGAUCACAAGGAACAUGAUGACGAUAAACAUAGGAAGGAUCACAAAGAGCAUGAUGAUGAUAAGCACAAGAAGGAUCAGAAGAAGCAUGAUGAUGACAAACACAAGAAGGAUGACAAGGAACAUGACGAUCAUGACAAGCAUCACAAGCAUCCUAAGGAUCAUGGCCAUGACAAUAAACAUCAUAAGGUACAUGAUGACCACUGCCAUAAGUCCCACAAAGAUCAUAUGCAUGAUAACCACGGCGAGAAGCAACGUAAAGACAAUGGCCGUGAUAAGAAACAUGAGUGA